CGGUUGCCAUUGCCCCAGUGCGAGCAGCUCUGCAACAGUCUGAAAUAGUGGUUUUGCCAUUUGGAUUGCCACGGCUCUACCGUUAGCGCGAGACGCGAAGUGACCAAGCGAUCCGACCCGGGAAUUCCUCAAGAGAGUCGCGCCAAGCACUCGGUACGCGUUGCAUUUUUGUUCAGUGGCCCUCUGUUUUUGUUCAGUGUGCAGUUCAUCCUUGUUCCCCGGCCAUGAUUCCCUGCAUCGGUCUGAGUCUGGCCCUCGUGCUCCUCCUGUGCCCGCUGCCUAUAGCCUCGCGGAGCUACAGCAACGGCCUGAUCUUCUACGAGCUGACGACCCACCGCCCCUACCUGCCGCCCACGGUCAGCGUGUCCCGAGGUCGCAACCUGGCCAGCGUGAAGUACUCGGAGAAGGGCUCCAUCUGGUCCACCUUCGGGCAGCCCUGCGAGUGCAGCGGACCCUCCUGCGGCUGCUGUGCGGGCCUCAAGGUCGAUCAGUACCGAUUCGAUCAGAAAGUGUGCGCCAACGUGAGCUUUGUGCCGCAGCUGGAGGAGGCCCAACUGGAGGUCUACCUGAACGGAAGGCCCUCCUCCAAAUACGGGAUCUCGGUGCGAAACCCGGCGCCCUUCUGCAUCCCCGUCAUGAUGGGCGUGCCCAUGGCCAUGUGCGUCCAAAUGACCGAGGUCACCAUGGUCGGGAACAACCUGAACAUGUGCAUGGACUUCGUGGUGCGCCUGGCCACCACGGAUCUCUUCGAGAUGCACUUCCAGUGCAUGCGGAUGGGUCUGGACGGGCUGCAGUACGUGGACAAGGACGGAAAGCCAGUGCUGCCAGCCGGAGGUGGCCAGAGCGACGAUCCGGAGGAGUACGAGUACGCUGAGCUGGAGGACCAGCCGGAGGAGUAUCCCUCGCAGGAGGAGGUCAAGGAGGAGCCAGAGAAGAUUCAGCCACAGAAGAAUCUGGAAAAUGUGGAGGAGGAUCAAGAGGAGGACGAACCAGUGGGCUAUCCACCUCUGAUAAACAACCAAGCGCAGAAGACUCCGCCUCAGGAGAAUCAGCCACUGAUGGAUCAGCAGAAGGAGAAUGAAGUAGAGGGAGAACAACCUCAGAAGAAUCAAACACUGGUCCUUCCGCCUGAACACGAUCAGAUCGGAAAGGAUGAGGAUCAACCAAAAGAAGAUACUGGUUAUCAACCACUUGGCCAAAUCGAUCAUCCGCAAGGCGAUGGCCAAAACAAAGAUCAACCAUUGGAAAAUCAACCUCAGGAGAGUCAACCAGACCAGACUCAACAAGUUCCAGAUGAACACAACGAGGAAUCUUUGGAUGAGGAACUACCCACGGGCUAUCAGCCCCUGCUUGCGACGGAACCCCACAAAAAUCACACAGACGAACAUCUCUCAGAUGAUCACCAGAAAGAAAUCGAAAAAGAGGGCAGUAAUGAGAGCGAGGAUCAUCAGGAGGAAGAGGAACUCGACGAGGUGGAGCCCCUGCCAAUCGAAAGUGAAAUGCUAAUGGCCGGCGAUCAGGCAGAAGAAGCACCUCUCGAAGAAGACGUCGAAGAAACAGCAAUGCCAGCCGAAGACGCGAAGGAGCCGGAAACAGGGGCGGAGAAAGAGAAAGAUACGGGGGCAGACUCUGAGCAAGAGACACCUGACAAUGACAAUGGUUAUGGCGAGAGUGGCCCGAGGCCAAGUCAGGUAAUUGAAACAAUUACCAAUUCAAUAAAAGCCACUGAGGCGCCCACAACAACAACAUCGACAACCUCGACAACAACGAAAAUACCGACAACAACUAAAAUACCAACAACAGCUACGACAUUUAACAAGCCAGACAUUGUUGUUAUUGAUGACACGAACAAUGGGGAGAAGACAGUAGCAGAAGACGAGGGUGGGAAGACAGUAGGCGAGGCGGAGAAAGACGCGGAGACGGCCGAAGAAGAGGGGGCCGAGGAAGAGGAAGAAGCCGGUGAAGAGGCGACAACACUGGCUGUUGAAAUGGAAAACGACAGCGAUAAUGAGAUAAACGUGGAUGACGAUGAUGACGAUGCAGAGAAAAAAAACCAGGUGAAGGAACCCCCCAGCCAGCUGGUGGAGGUGGAGAAGAAGAAGGAAGAGGGGGCGGAGGACACGGCCGAAGAAGUCGCGCAGAAGGGGGAGGAAGAGCCGGAGAAAGAGGUGAAGACGGGUCACGAAGAAAAGGUCAAGCCAGAUGACACAGCAGCUGAGGAGGGAGAAAAAGAAGAAGAGGAGGCGGCAACCGAAGAUGAUAAUGAAGAAGGACAGAAAAACGAAGGGGAAGACGCCGAAGAGGAGGAGGAGGACGAUGCCGAGGAGGCCGAGGCAGAGGCAGAAGAGGAGACUACAGAAGAGGCCGCAGAAGAAUCCACCGAAGCAGCAACGCCCGAGGAAAGCGCCGUGAAAAGCGAGGAAAUUACCUAUGGCUAUCAAAAUGCCUAUGCCAAUGCAGAUGAAAAUGCGACGCCGGCAGCGAAGUCGUUGUCCCGACGUCGGCGCCUGCGCAGCCGCCCCCUUUCCCACCGACUGCCACGCCUACUGGGGAGACACCAUUAACCCCUCCUUAGCUUAGUUUAUUGUAAUGCGUAAUUGUUAAUGAAUUGUUAAUGCUAAACGUGGAAGCCUGUUAAUUAAUACGUAUUUAUUGUAUUUAUUGAAACCAACUCAAAGCCAAACUCAAGCGGAAUAAACGAUAAUUGUAAUUUAA